GAGGUUUAGUGGUUUGUGAUUCCACUCCGCAGAUAGAGGCAGGUACUGUGGAGCAAUUUGAUUCCGGGGCUUAUUUUCGGAUUUAAAAAAAGUGGCUCUUCAUCCUCAUGGAGCGCUUCUUUCACAUGUUUUAUCAUCAUGAUGAAACCGGAAAAUUUUGCAUUUUUUAAUGGCAUUUUAUUUUUUCAAGCCGCUACAAAUAGGAAAUAAUAAUAAAAUUAAUAAAGAUGCCCAAAGCGCAUGGGGGGACCUUGUGAGGCUAACGACUCCAGUUCUAAAUGGCAGAGCUUGAAGUUUGCAGAAAUCUGAGUUUUGAAAGAGUGGAGCGAUGCAUGAGUGUGAUGCAGUCUGGGACACAGAUGGUGAAGCUGAAGGCAGGAUCCAAAGGGCUGGUGAGACUCUUCUACCUGGAUGAACACCGUUCCUGCAUCCGCUGGAAGCCUUCACGCAAGAGUGAGAAGGCCAAAAUCACCAUUGAUUCACUCUACAAGGUGACAGAGGGCGGUCAGUCGGACAUCUUCCAUCGGCACGGAGAUGGCAGUUUUGAUCCAGCCUGCUGUUUUACAGUGUACCAUGGAAACCACAUGGAGUCCCUCGACUUAGUGACAUCAAAUGCAGAAGAAGCCAGGACCUGGAUAACUGGCCUCCGCUACCUGAUGGCUGGUAUCAGUGAUGAGGACUCACUGGCAAAGCGGCAGCGUACACAUGACCAGUGGAUGAAACAAACGUUCGAGGAAGCUGAUAAGAACGGAGACGGCAUGCUGAACAUCGACGAGAUCUACCAACUUCUUCACAAGCUAAAUGUCAAUCUGCCACGCAGGAAGGUCAAACAAAUGUUUCAGGAAGCAGACACAGAUGACCAUCAGGGUACACUGACAUACGAGGAGUUCUCUGUCUUCUACAAGAUGAUGUCUUUGAGACGAGACCUGUUCCUGCUCAUGAUGGCAUACAGUGACAGGAAGGACCACCUUACAGCAGAGGAGCUUGUUAACUUCCUUCGCAAUGAGCAGAAGAUGGCCAACGCGACUGCAGAUUAUGCUGCAGAAAUCAUAGAUAAGUUCGAGGUCUCGGAUGAAAAUAAACAAAGAAGUGUUAUGGGGAUUGAAGGUUUUACAAGCUUCAUGCGCAGUCCAACAUGCGACAUUUUCAACCCUUUGCACCAUGAAGUGAAUCAAGACAUGGAGCAGCCUCUGUGUAACUACUUCAUUGCCUCCUCUCACAACACCUACCUGACCGGAGACCAGCUUCUCUCCCACUCAAAGACGGACAUGUACGCCUGGGUGCUGCAGUCUGGUUGUCGAUGUGUGGAAGUGGACUGUUGGGAUGGUCCCGAUGGAGAACCGAUGGUCCAACACGGAUACACCCUGACCUCCAAGAUAACAUUUAAAUCCGUCCUAGAAACCAUCAAUAAAUAUGCCUUCGUGAAUAACCAAUACCCAGUGAUUCUCUCCGUAGAGAACCACUGUAGCAUCCAGCAGCAGAAGAAGAUUGCACAGUACCUGCGAGAAAUCUUUGGAGACAAACUGGACGUGGGGGACGUACUGAGCAGAGACUCCAAAACAUUACCCAGUCCUCAAAGCUUGCAAGGAAAGAUACUCAUCAAAGGGAAGCGCCUGCCUGCCUAUCUGUCUGCAGAUGCUGAGGAGGGGGAGGUGUCAGAUGAUGACAGCGCAGAUGAAAUUGAGGAAGACUUCAAACUGAAGAGUAGUAAUGGCAAUGGGCAUCACCAGGUGGAGUCUCACAUCAGAAAGAAACUGGACUCUCUUUUGAAGGAGUCUCGGAUCGGAGACAAGGAGGAUACUGACAGCUUUAGCAUCAGAGCUCUGCUCCGAGCCACACACCAGGGUCUUCAGAAGAACCUGCGGCAGAGUUCCAAAGGGGUUUUGAAGAAAUCCCAAAGCAGAUCCUUCAUUACAACACUGAAACAGAAGAGACACUCCAAAUCCAGGCUGUCAUGCCAAAGUGUGGACAAGGAGGAAGACGAUCAGGGGAAGUCUGGAAAGGAGGCUGGAGGACAGUUCAACAGGGGUGGAAGGAAGAGGAAGACGAUGAAACUGAGCAGAGAUCUGUCAAACCUAGUUGUUUUCACCAACUCUGUAGCUUCCCAAGAGUGCCUGAAUGAAGGCACUCCAGGUGACGUUUUGUCGUUCAGUGAGACCAGGGCACAAUCUCUGGUCAAUCACAGGACUGAACAGUUUCUGGCUUUUAACCAGAGGCAACUGUCACGGAUUUAUCCCUCAGCCUAUCGUAUCGACUCUUCUAAUUUUAACCCUCAGUUAUACUGGAACGUGGGCUGUCAGUUGGUGGCCCUUAACUAUCAAACAGAGGGGAGGAUGAUGCAGCUCAACAGAGCCAAGUUCAUGGUGAAUGGUGGUAUUGGUUAUGUCCUCAAACCUCCUCCCAUGUGCAAAGGCUCCUUUAACCCAUUCAGUGAUGACCCACUUCCAGCUUACCCCAAGAAGCAGCUCAUUCUCAAGAUCAUUAGUGGCCAGCAGCUGCCCAAACCACCGGACUCCAUGCUGGGGGAUCGUGGAGAGAUUAUUGACCCGUUUGUUGAAGUGGAGAUCAUCGGUUUGCCAGUUGACUGCUGCAAGGAACAGACACGUGUUGUUGAUGACAAUGGUUUUAAUCCAGUAUGGGAAGAGAGUUUAUCCUUCACACUUCACAUGGCUGAAGUGGCACUUGUGCGUUUCCUUGUCUGGGACCACGACCCGAUUGGACGAGACUUUAUUGGUCAACGGACUGUUGCCUUCAGCAGCCUGAUGCCUGGUUACAGACAUGUUUACUUGGAGGGACUGACUGAGGCUUCUAUCUUUGUGCAUGUGUCAGUGCAUGAUGUCUACGGGAAGUGGAGUCCACUAGUCCUGAACCCCAGCUUUACCAUAAUGCACUUUUUAGGAUCUAACAAGGGUCACCAGCUGCGAGGUAUCCGGGGUUUCUUCAGCCGUUCCUCCAAAUCCUCUGUGGACACAAACUCCUCUGGUCUUCGAAAACGCUCCAUCAGUGAUCACCUCCUGCGCCGCACAGCCAGCGCUCCGGCAAAGGGACGGAAGAAGACCAAGAUGGCACUGUCGGAGUCUGUGGCUUUGAUAUCUGACCAUAAGAAUGGCACAGGUGCAGGUGCAGGCGGAGAGGGGGUGUCAGGGAAAGAAGUAGGGGUAGAGAAGCCUCUACAGCCCAGAGCCCCCCUUACCCACAGACCAGUCUCCAUGCCAUUAGACAGACUCCUUCAAGGCCAGCUGACUCUCUGCUCCCCAGUCAAAGAACAGCCUGAUGUGGGUGCAGAUACUGUCAUUGGAGCUUGUGCAUUCAACAGGCCUAGGUCUUCCUCUUUUGACCCUGUCAUUGCAUCAUCGUCAGCUGAGUCAAGCAUCUUUUUGCCAUCUAAGACUAACAGAAAUAAUGGGUUUGACCAAUCAAAAGAGGUUUCUUAUCUGGUUAUUGGUAGUGGAGAAGUAAGAAAGGAAGAAGAUUAUGUCAAUUACCAGUCAGAACUCAAUGGAACACAUAAAAACAUCUUACCCAUAACACAUAGCCAGAUGAGAUCAGAUAAACCAGAAACAUCAUCAAGCAGUAAAUUGUUCACAGUUGCACCUUCGGUCUCAUCUUCCUCCUCUGCUGCCUCAUCAGUGGCUCCUGUAGGAAUGGACUGUGGUCUGAAAAGUCCCCGCUCUUUACAUGAUAGCACCAUCUCCAGACUUAUUGAUGCUGUGUCCUUAGGCAAUGAGCAAGACACAUGUGGCUCCAUUUCUGCUCUGAUCGGUCAAUUUGAAAGCAUUAUUGACCAAAGUAAUGCCACAACUUCAUCACAUAUCGCUCCUUCCCAGACUUUAUCCUUCAGUCCCAAAAUGCCUAAAGUUGAAGAUUUAAGGUCUUCUCUAAAGGCUAACACGUUAUCUCCUAAUAAAAAACUUUUCACGAGUCCCCAAAAAGUCUCUCAGAAGGCAAAUACUGUAAGUAAUGAAAUUUCUUCAUGCCACAAGAUUUCCAAAGCAGAUUCAUCUGCUUCAACCCUCAUCUCAAGCCCACAAACUACUGAACUGGAGGAAGUCUACACUAUUCUGGAUGAGGAGAUUCUGCUACCUGUGUCAGUGUACAACCUGAGGAAACAGACAGUCCAUGUUCAGGCAGACCCCACAGGAAGCACCCCUUCAAGUAGUUUAGGGUCCUCUCCUACAAAGGUGGUACAGAGUUUCGAGAAUGGUGUGGACAGGAGAGGUGAAAAUGAAGAGGCCAUAGAGAUAGAGGAGCGGAUCUAUGAGGAGGUGGAUGAUCCCCCAAUAGGAGCACCUGAAACAGAGCAGGGUACUUCUAAAAUGUACACAAGCUGCUCUUUAAAUAAACAGAGGAGUUACCUGUUUGUCCACCAUUCAGCUGGAGAGCGAUUUACAGAAGUGGAGCUAAAUGUUGAUGAGGAUCCAUUGGAAACUCUCCUGACCUCCCCGAGACAAGACACACACUGGGAAAGGCUUGUAAGUCCAACCCAACGGCAUGCUAUUUAUCAAAACCAUGAUUCCACUCCUAACUAUUCCCAUCAAAAACAGCCUCCUUCCUUUUCUCAACCACAGUACCCUAAACAUUCAUCUUAUCCAGUCUUUUCACAUUGUAAUUCCCCAGUAAAUCAAAUCUCUCAUCAGCUGCAGAAUCACCAACUACAACAACACAACUCCCAGCCUUCCCUUAACCAUAGGUAUGUCAACUGUGGCACCUCUAACCCUAGUCCUUUGCAUCAGAACAGCUAUCCCAUAUCUCAGAGCCAUUCUGAGGCCUUUAAUAACAGCAAAGACUUCAGCAUUUCCUACAUGCAACAGAAGAGCUAUAGUGGAAGCCAGAUCCUAAACAGGUCUCAUCAAGGCAGACCAGGGUACAGUCAGAUAGAGAGGGAGCAAGUGGACUGCUUCUACAGUGUUCCACCAGCUGUAUCUAUGAACCUGUCUGGAGACAAAGGCAAAUCUUCCCAAUCUUUUGAAUGUGAAGCAGUGUACAGCCACCUGGACUAUGACUGUGUUAUGCCUUCAGAGUCUUCAACUUCUAGAAACAACCAACCACAUGGCCAAAGUCAAACAAAAUCAUGUGGCCUUAAACUGCCUGAAAAACACAAGGCUCCCCUCAGUUAUGCAAGGCACCAGCCACAGGCUGCAACCAGACCUUCACUGCUUCCAAAUUUAUCAAGUCAUCUCCAAUCUUCCCACACAGACUCCACAGUCCCUAGUCCCUGCAAGUCUAAGUCCUUGGGAGACCUGACUUCUGAAGACAUAUCAUGCAACUUUCAGGGCAAAUACCAUAUUAUUAGUCGCAGUUUCGUCACUCCCCAUAUUGGGAAGCAAAAGCAUAAAGGCAGUUUUGGGGAAGCAGCUCCCCAGUCACAGUUCUGUGAUCCACUUACAGAACAGUUACGUCGACUGGUCAGUCUGGAGGGGGAUGAUAGGGACAGAAAAAGCUCCAACUCCCCCCAGUUACACCAUGAAGAAAAAUCUCAGUUGUCGCAGCACCAAGCAGCAAGCAUAUCUCCAUUUGUUUCAAGAGAUAUAGAUGAUUUCCCACCAGUCCUUACUCGUCGGCUAUCCUCUCGAAGCCAAAGCCGAGUGCGUCACAUCAACAGUCGUGCUCGCGAGAGGCAGCAAGAAGCUCUAAAAUCUCGUCCAGGGGUGGUGAUUAAUAGUUCUGCCAGCCUUGGUGGGGUGAUACUGAGGAACAAACCAGCCUCACAGAAUCCACCAGCUAAUAGACACUCUACUGGUUCUUACAUAGCGGGCUACAUUGAUGAACUGGAGGACAGGGGGCUUCCUGAAGGAGCUUGCACAUCAUUACGCUAUAGCAAUGGAGACCAUUAUGGAGAUAGGUACUAUACGGAUGACUCUCUUCCACCUAGAAACACUUCCGAGCCUGAAGUUUACUUUCUGCUCAGACUAUAACCCCGUCCAGAGACUAAUAUUUAAUUAAGGCUCACAAAGUGAUCCGUGAUUAAAUGUAAAUGAUCCCGAAAGCCAGAUGACCAAUUAAAUUGACAUGUUCAUUCAUCAAGAUUUUCUUGUUUUACAGUCAUAAAAAUGUCUUUCUGGGCUGUUUCUAGUCUGUACAAUAAACUGUAAGUGAAACAUUACAAAUAAUCAAUAGUUGGAAUUGAUGGCAUGAGUUCCCUGUAUGAAAUGUCCACUAGUUAAUAAUGAGUGGUCUAGUUGGCUGUGUAUUGUCUACAGUCUCUUUAAUGUGUAAAUGUACUUGGGAACUUUGAGUCCCUCUAAAAUCGCUUCCUGGACUGAUUGUACAGAUAUUUUGUUAUUUUUGUUUGUGUGUUGUACUGUUCAAUCUAUGUACACGGAAUCAGUUACUAAAAAGCAGGGGUUGGGUGGAAGGGGUGGGAGUGGUGGGGACGGGUGUCUCUCUUUGUUUCAUUUGAAUAUGUAGUGUAAUCAAGCAGCUGUUUGUAAUAGUUGGGGUUCAUCUUUCCAAAUAUCAAAUGUAGGUCUUCCUUCUCUUUUCAGUGGUUUUUCAUUAGUUGUAUUGUGUAAAUAUCUGUGACAUGAUUUUUCAUCUGAAAUGGCUUUCAGUUAAGAAUCCGUUUUAACUGUACAUCUGUUUGUGCAUGUUACAUGUGAACAUGUCAAGCAUGACUAUGCACCAGUUUGUACAAUAGAUGUUGCACAGAGUAAAUAAAAGACCUAGACUUGUUUGCAUUGGGUCCAAAACAAUAUAUAAACUUCCUGUGCUUGGGCUCGUUAUUCUCUAUGACUUGUAGAAUUUCCAGAUGUGAUGACAAAAUUAAAAAGCAAUUAGUGUUUAAAGGUUUUUAUUUUUAUAAUUGCUU